AAAGAAGAUAACUCCAAUGGUUGCGGCCAUCCAACAUCAGGUCAUGCGGCAAGAGAAGACUCGACAAGACGAGAAAGAUAAGGAAUGCCUUAACGACCUCUACGAGACGGACCCCCGCCACGACAAGACGCGCAUCCAGGACAUGAAAGGGGGCCUUAUCAGAGACUCGUACUGUUGGAUUCUAGACAACCCCAGUUUCCGGGAAUGGCGUAUAGAUCUGUAUAGUGGACUGCUCUGGAUUAAGGGCGACCCUGGCAAGGGCAAGACAAUGCUGCUAUGUGGGGUCAUCGACGAGCUGGAGAAGGACCCAGCGAAUCGGCUAAGUUACUUCUUCUGCCAGGCCACUGAACAGAAGCUGAACAAUGCAACGGCUGUGCUGCGAGGUCUGAUCUACAGCCUUGUACGCCAACACCCCUCGCUUAUCUCUCGCGUCCAUAAGGAGCACGACGGUGGCGGCAAGCGGCAGCGUUUCGAGGGGCCGAACGCGUGGGAAGUUAUGUCUAAGAUGCUCACCGACAUGCUACUAGAUGAUUCAGCUCCGGAUGGCGUAAUACUCAUCGUUGACGCCCUCGAUGAGUGCGAAACGGGCCGGUCGCAGCUGCUGAACUUUAUUGUUCGGAUGUUGUCCUCGUCUCGUGCCAAGUGGGCCAUUUCCAGCCGAAAUGGCCGGACAUCGAGGAGAAGCUGGACGGCACCACACGAAAAGUCACGCUACGGCUCGAACUUAAUCAAGACGUCAUCUCCGACGCUGUUCGCAUUUACAUCCGAUAUAAAGUCGACGAAUUAGCACAGCUCAAAAAGUACGACAUAAAAACCCGGGAUACCGUUCAGCGGUAUUUCGCCGACAAGGCGAACAACACCUUCCUCUGGGUGGCCUUGGC